AUGCAAACCAUCGCAUUAGAUGCACUGGCGAUAGCCACAGUUCAGACACGACUAGAUACGCGUCAAUCCACAUAUCAAGAUCAGCAGACAUACCAUGAAACGAACAUACCAAGGCACGGGAACAAAUGCCAGAGCUGUUGGCACCGGCAUCGGCAUCGACAUUCGGCUUUCCCAAAUCCACCUCACCAAAGACAGAAAGCCACGAGUAAGGUCGGAUUGCUCAGGAAGCAGUCUCGAGUGGACCGCGGCGGGGUUUAUCGCGUAAAUACUCCGUACGGUCAAACUGAUUCCAUCUCGCGACUCCAUGUAUUCGCAAAACAGUCCCUUCUGAGACUAAGACGAUGGCUGCCCCAUAGAAAGAGACCGCAGACAGGCGCCACUCGAUCGACACAUGAAGGGUUCUCCGGACAGAAUAUGCUCCGCUUCGCAACCCACCGCACGCCACGCCUAACGCCCUUGACAGUCUGUCAGGUGUACUGUCAGGUCAGAGUAAAUGUUGUGUCACCGCGAUAA